UCCGCCCGACUGAAACCGGCGGCAGCGGCGGUUCCGCUCAACUUCGGCGAAGGGGCGGUGUUGAGGCGGCGCUGCCCCGGAGCGGCGCGGCCGCUCGCCUCAGCGUCGGCACGGGAGCGAGUGGCCCGCGGCACACAGAGCACUAUGUCACUGGCAUCCUGGUUCAGGUGGAAUGAGCCCCCAAACCGCGUUUCCCAGAGGAACCCCACAGAAAUGGUGGUUGAGACGCUAAUGAUGGAGCUGAGCUGGCAGACCAAGCAGGCAGAGAAGCAGCAGCGAGAGCGGGAGAAUGAGUAUCGCAAGAUCAAGACUGGGGUGGACUACGGCUGGCUGGUUAGCUAUCCAAAGCAGAGCUAUGAUAUCAGCCCAGGAGAACGGCUGCAGCUGGAGGAUAUGUGUACCAAAAUACAUCCUUCCUACUGUGGGCCUGUCAUACUCAGAUUCCGGCAACUUGUUGCUGAAUAUGAACCAGAAGUGCAGGAAGUAUCCCGGCUCUUCCGCUCUGUCCUGCAGGAAGCUGCUGAGAAGAUCAAAGAGGAGGAAGAGGCCAAGAAGCUUGCCAGGCAAUGGAACACAAAGAACAAAACCAGCCUCUCCUUAACAACGUUUAAAUCCCGGUCCAGGAUUUCCCCAUUCAUCAGUGACAUCAAGACCAUCUCUGAAGAUGUGGAACGGGGCACCCAGCCCACCAGGAGGGUUUGGAGCAUGCCAGAAUUUCGGAAUACCAAGGAUUACUGACUCUAUACUGAACAAGGUUUUUAGAGUGAUCUUUCAAAAUCCCAGUUAACCCUUUUCUAGCUCUACUGUUUCUUCUUUGCUCCAGCUCUCUCUUCCUGCCUGUCUCUCUCUUGGAAGCUGUGUCCAUAGUAACUGCUGCUGAUGCCCAUGGUGUGUGACACAAUUUAUUACCAAACAUGUUAGCCUUUCCUUUAAUUUAGUAGUUAUUCAGUAACCUUAAGGGGAAGGCUCACUUACUGUCUUAUUUUUAUUACUGCUUUCUUGUGGAAAAUGAAUUACUUUUGUGAUGUCUGUCUUCUCCCUUUCCCCUCCUAGCCUGGAUGCAGUUUUUGGCCCAAGCUAGUGAGAGCUGCUGUCUGGACCAAUUUUGCUGAAAGCAAGACAGCCACUUACAUGAAUAAGGCUUGCAGGAUCAGGCCUGUGAGUUAAAGCUAGUAUCUGAUUUGGAACUGAACUUCCUUUUGCAACUAAUAACCUUCCUCAGUGCUAGAAGAAACUUUACAGGUAACCUCAGCACUGUUCUUGAUCAGCUUUUUGCUGACAAUUAGCGAUCAAACCUAAAUAGAAACAGACUCAAGCUUUUUGUGAUGAAAGACCAAUAUUAUUCCACAGCAACCAGCUUAUGCAUGCUCAGGUGUCUUGGGUAUUUUCUCUUUUGUGCAGGCAGAACCCCCUGAAAUUUGCACCUGCAGAGUAGAUGAUAGAAAUUUAACAACCUGCUGUUGUUAUACAGGCGGAUACAUCAGUGCUGUUCUUGGUCCUCAGUGUUCUGUGUUGCUGAGGUAAGUGUUCCACCCUGCAUCCCAAUAAUAUGUCAGUGGGCUGAAAUUAAUGUUUAUGGCUAAGCCUGAAAGAGGACCGAAGUAUCAUAUCAAUGUACAGGGAAGGGUGAAAGAAAUCAGCAUUUAUCUGCAGGGCUCUCUGUACAGCUGCAAUAGUUGAGAUAAUUUUAAGAAGCUGCUGCUGUGAGUGACUGAAGGGCUCUGGUAGAUGAAGAUCUGUGCCCUCAGUCUUCUCUCAUGAGUGCUCACAAGAGAGUUUUCCAGUAUCACAGGCUGCUGGCCAGUGAGUUGACAUUAUUACAAGUUUCUUUAAUGCAAACUGAGUAGCUUAUAGGCCAGCAUGGUUCUGCUGAGACCCUGAAGAAACAGGAAAAGGCUGCUGAGGAAAAGCUACUGGGGCUCUAACUCAGCAUCUGUAUGGAGAACUGUCACCAGCAAAGAUGACAAUGGCAUGCUGUAAAAAAUCAUGGGUCCUGCAGAGAAGCCAAGGAUUCUUUGUGGUGACUGCUUAGGAUGCUUUGUGGUGACUAACAGGAGAUGGGGAUUUCCCUCUAUGACUGGCUUUUGGGGAAUCAUCCCAGUGGGGUACAGCCUCCUGAAGGACCCUGUAGCUUUGUUGUUCUUUUGCCUGUUUCCCACUCUUCUCCCUGGGGAUCUUUGCAGCAGCACAUGGGUACUACAGCCAAGAUAAAACCCUUUGAAGCUGUGCCAACUCUGGGAAGAAUUCCAACAUGUGAAAUCUAUCCUAGAGUAGAAAUGUGCAGUUUCUUCCAGAGAUGGGGGAGGGCAGCAUAAAAAAAAAAUCAAGAUCAAACCCUUAAGAGCUCUCCAAGACACUGGGAUUCUGGCUCUUCCUCUCUCCCCUUUGGGCUAUCUAAGAUUGAACACAAGGCUUUCUUACUAGCACCAGGCUGUAGUUUCUAGUCCCUUGAUAAACUCUGUUGCCAGCAACCCUCCUAGGGACAGAAAGCAGAAGCUCACUUUUAAUUAAAAACUCAGGGCUUCCAAUUACAGCUUCCAGUUUGGGAUGGGCUAUUUCAACUCUAGGUCCAUGAGAGAGAGUUUAAAGCCUUCCGACAAUCAGCUUGGUGUUUUUUAGCUGUAUGUCCUUGUGAAGUAAUGUGAUUGUGUAUAUGAAGUAAAAACAAAGGCUUGACUUAGCAUAGCCUUAGCUGUCUAGAAGAUGUGGGAUCUCUAGCAAGGGAUCACAAUUUGUAGAAAAAUUCUCAUUUGGAAAAGAGUUAACUAUCUUUUUUUAUAUUUGCAAGCCACUUGUAUGGCACUGAAGGCUGAGAUGGGUUAAUGAAUUUCAUGCUACAGCUCUGUAGUCAUUUUACUUGCACUCACAUUCUAUUUUGACACUUUCAGUAUUGACUGUAUUGAUGCAGUAUUUGACGGACUGCUGGGAGAGAUGGGACAUUCUGACACACUGACAUAAAGCUCUUUGUUACAGUA